AUGAGUGAAAAGUCGCAAAAGAUAGAUAACAAGUACCUCACUCUGAUAUACAAGAAGAAUGGGUCCUUUGAUAAGCAGCGGAAACGAUUAUUGGAGAACUUCAAGUCUUCGCAGACACAUUCUAAUCUUCAGCUCAAACUAAAGUUGAUGAUCGAGUCGAAGCUAAAAUCAGACCCUACCAUUUUGUUGAAGAAUAAGGGAAAGAUGGCUGCAUUAAUACAGGGUGAGAUAAUUAGUAAUAAAGUCGGCUCCAACAUUCUUGAGAUUGUUGAUAAGGAUAUCCAGGAGAAAAUUAUUGAUUCCCCUGAGUUUCACGAAAGUCUCAAAGUGGAAUUGAAAGAUAUACGACGGAAGGCGUUAGGGAUUACUGACGAAGAAUACGCAAAACAGCUUGAAGAGGAAGAGAAGGCAAAACGAGAGGAAACAGAACGGAAGCAACGUGAGGAGGCCGAGAAAGAACUAUCGUACAAGAAUAAUUUCAAGGUCAAACAGCUAAUAACACCUUCAGCUCCUAGACCUCCUCGCUUCAACCUACCAGUUCGUGAACGUGAUACAUAUCGAGGUCGUGCUGCUGGUAGUAGGCAAACUGAUAGAUACGAGAGAGGUUCAGGCCAAAGCAGAGCGAAUGAUUAUGAUCAUACCAGACCGUCAUCGGGGCAUAUGAUGUACUAG